AUGGAGGAUUGCCUUCAUACCUCAUCUGAGAAUCUGUCCAAAUUGGUCAGCUGGGCCCACAGCCAUGGGACCAUUUGCAGCCUCAUUCCAAACCUGAAACACUUGCUUUCAGAAGGUUCCCAUGGGAACCUCACAGCAAUGUGGGGCUGUAGUGCUGGCCAUGCUUAUCACUGGCCAUUGACAGCUACUUGCAGAGCUGGGUCCCAAGAAAGGGUCUGUUUCCAGGAUAACAGAAGUUUUAACUCUGAUAGUCCCAGUAUAAUCGGAGUGCCCUCCGAGACACAAACUAGCCCUGUUGAAAGGUACCCUGGGAGACCAGUGAAAGCGAAGCUAGACUGUAAUCGGACCAGAGACUCUUGUGACUUCUCUUAUUGCAGUGAGCCCUCUGAACUGGAUGAAGCUGUUGAAGAAUAUGAAGAUGAAAACACCCUGUUUGACAUGGUUUGUGAGUCUUCUGUUACAGAUGAGGAUAGUGACUUUGAACCCCAAACCCAAAGGCCUCAAACCAUUGCUCGAAAAAGGCCUGGAAUAGUUCCAUCUUCUCUCCAUUCCAGCUCCCAAGCUCAAAUGGUUGAUGAAUGCAGCAAUGAUGUCAUCAUUAAGAAAAUCAAACAAGAGAUUCCCGAGGAUUAUUACAUUGUGGCGAAUGCAGAGCUGACUGGAGGGGUAGACGGACCAGCCCUGUCAUUGACACAGAUGGCAAAACCCAAGCCUCAGAGUCAUGCUGGUCCCUCUUGUAUAGGGUCUGCUAAGCUGAUUCCCCAUGUAACAUCUGCCAUCAGCACAGAGCUGGACCCACAUGGUGUGUCUGCAUCCCCCUCUGUGAUGUCCAGACCGAUCGUCCAGAAGACUGCCAGGGUAUCUCUGGCUUCACCAAACAGAGGACCUCCCAGUGCCCAUGGCACAAACCAGCAGGUGGCCAUGCAGAUGCCUGUGAGCACUUCCCAUCCUAAUAAACAGAUCAGCAUCCCUUUGUCUGCCCUGCAACUGCCUGGACAAGAUGACCAAAUUGCUUCUGAAGAGUUCCUGCCCCAUCUGCCCAGCCAGGUCUCCUCUUGUGAGGUAGCUCUUUCUCCCUCAGUUAACACAGAGCCAGAAGUGAGCUCCAGUCAGCAGCAGCCCCCAGUUGCUCCAACCAUAACCACUGAGGCCACAGCACAGUGCAUACCAGACCAGGAUGAAAGAGCAGCUGAGCUCAGCAGGGAGCAGAAUGAGAAAACCAUCCGGAGCACGCAGACUGCGCUCCGCAAUUUCCCCUAUUCUACUAAGCUCAACAAAUUUCCUGUAUUUAAUAUUAAUGAUGACUUGAAUGAUCUGUGUACCAGUGCCGUGAGCCCAAAUACUACCAAAGCCACGCGGUAUGCCCUGAAUGUGUGGCGAUAUUGGUGCAUGACCAACGGGCUCAAAGAUCACACAGACAUCACCAAGAUCCCCGCGGCGAAGUUGAACGAGCUGCUCGAGAAUUUUUACGUCACCGUUAAGAAGAGUGACGGCUCCGACUUCCUGGCCACCUCGCUGCACGCCAUCCGCCGGGGCCUGGACCGCAUCCUGAAGAAUGCAGGUGUGGGCUUUUCCAUCACCAGCAGCACCUUCAGCUCUUCCACCAAGAAACUCAAGGAGAAGCUGUGGGUGCUGAGCAAGGCAGGGAUGUCAGGUGCUCGUUCUCGCAAUAUUGUCUACUUUUCUCUUUCUGAUGAGGAGGAGAUGUGGCAGGCAGGGUGUCUAGGGGAUGACAGCCCCAUUACUCUCUUGUCCACUGUGGUCAAGUACAACAGCCAGUACCUGAACAUGCGGACACUGCAGGAGCAUGCAGAUCUGAUGUAUGGUGACAUUGAGCUGCUCAAAGACCCACAGAACCAGCCCUAUUUUGCCCGGACAGACAGUGUCAAGCGGGAGAGCCGGAGUGGUUCCACUAGAGUGUGUCAUGGGAAAAUCUACCAUGAGCAUUCCCGGGGACACAAACAGUGCCCUUACUGCCUCCUCUACAAGUAUAUGUACAUCCACCGGCCGCCCACCCAAAUGGAGGCCAAGUCCCCUUUCUACCUUACAGCCAGGAAGGAGGCCACAGACAUGGGCAGCGUAUGGUAUGAGGAACAGAGGAUGGGACUGCGCUCUCUUCGGGGAAUUGUCCCAAACUUAGCCAAGAAGGUCAAGCUGGAAAACUGUGAGAACUUCACCUUUGUCUCAUUUACUCAGGUCUCUAGGAGACUUGGCUCCCACAGUUGCUGUCAGUGA